AUGAGAGCAAACUUACGCCUCAAAAAUAUAAAACCAAAAUUUCCAUACCCCUCUAACAUCAUCACUCAUACCAUUAAAAGUUGUUCCAGAAUACUUUCUAGAAAAAGUCUUUUGAUUCAGUGUCUUUUGAAAUUCUGCUUCAUUUCCUGUGACUUUUCACGAAUAUAUAGUUUCUUAAAAUGUUGGAAAACCAGACGUAUGAAAAAGAUCUUUCAAUUUGUGAAUUUAAUUAAAUUGCGGUUACCAAUUUCUUUUUAUUGUGAUUCAAUUUUCAGUAUCGCAGAAGAGAGGAAAAACACAGGAAAUGCAGAAUACAAGGCUCAAAAUUAUCAUGCAGCACUCAAAUACUAUUCAGAUGCAGUCAAUUUAUGUCCGGAUAAUCCAAGUUAUCUUGGAAAUCGUUCAGCUUGUCAUAUGAUGCUUGCAAAUUACCGAGAAGCAUUGAACGAUGCAAGGAAGAGCAUUCAGAUCGAUCCUACAUUCGAGAAAGGAUAUUUACGGGUUGCUAAGUGCUGUUUAUUGUUGGGAGAUUUGACGCAAACAGAGCAGACUAUCAAAAGAUUCCUCGAAAUCGAUCCGAAAAACACUGUACUGAAAAGUGAAAUUCAAAACCUUCGACAAUUAAGAAUUCACGAGGACAAAGCAAGCCAGUGCUACGAAAAGCAGGAUUAUCGCACUUGUCUCUUCCAUAUUGAUUCUGCAUUGAAAACCGCUCAAGCAAGUCAACGUUAUAAACUACUUAAAGCUGAGUGUUUGGCCCUUUUGGGUCGAAUGGACGAAGCCAAUGACAUUGCCAUUGGAAUAAUGAAGAUUGAUUCGAACAAUUGCGAUGCUAUAUAUGUUCGCGGUUUGACACUUUAUUACAGUGAUAAUCUUGAGAAAGGAAUUCUUCAUUUUGAGCGAACACUUCAACUAGAUCCUGAUCAUAAAAAAGCAAAAAUUAUGCGUUUGAAAUCGCGAAAUUUAAAGGAAAAAAAGGAGCAAGGAAAUGAAUGUUUUAAAACCGGAAAAUAUCGUGAAGCUCUGGUUAUUUAUUCGGAUGCGCUUUCUAUUGAUUCACUGAACAAGGAAAUCAACAGUAAAUUGUACUAUAAUCGAGCUCUCGUUAAUACAAAGCUUGGGAAUUUGAGGGAUGCCAUCAAUGAUUGUAGUGCUGCCCUUAAAAUCAAUGAGAAAUAUGUGAAAGCUUUAUUGAAGCGUGCAAGAUGUCAGUACGAUAUGGAAAAUUUUGAAGAGUCAGUUAAAGAUUACGAGGCUGCGCUUAAAAUGGACAAAUCAAUUGAGACAAAAAAUGCACUUAAGGAUGCAAAACUUCAACUGAAGAAGUCAAAACGCAAAGACUAUUACAAGAUAUUGGGAAUAACAAAAUCAGCGACCGAAGAUGAAAUUAAAAAAGCUUAUCGAAAGAGAGCCUUGAUUCACCAUCCUGAUCGACAUGCAAAUGCCACCGAAGAAGAAAAGAAAGAAGAAGAGAAAAAGUUUAAAGAAGUUGGUGAAGCUUACACAAUUCUUUCAGAUCCAGUGAAGAAAAGUCGCUAUGAUAAUGGACAAGAUCUUGAGGAAAUGGAAAUGCCUGAAUUUGAUCCUAACCAGAUGUUCCGCCAAUUUUUCAGUUUCAAUACCGACACCGGCGGUGGUUUUGGUGGUGGAAAUUCAUUUAGCUUCCAUUUUGGAAAAUGUGGGGAAACUAUCCAUUCAAUUUUGAUAAUGAACAUAAAUUUGAGUGAGUCAGAGAAUCGUUACUAUAACGAUUUGUUUACAUUGUGUGAUGUUGAGAAAAUAGGGAAAAUCGAAUUUUUAAAGGCCACAGAAUUCUUUCGUUCAUCAAAUGUUGAUAACUCGAUAUUGUCGCAGAUCUAUCAACUUGCUGGAGUAUUUCCAACAGUUAUUUAUCUUAGUCGCACACAAUUUUAUUCAUGCCUCAAACUUAUUGGCGCACAUCAAGCUAUGAUUCCACUACGUGAAGAAAUUUUAACAUCCACCACUGUUCAAAUACCUUUGCCUAAGUUCAGCUGGAAUUUAGAGCUCGAACCGCCACCUCAAAUAGUAUCAGCAACUCUGAAAUCGGAACAAAAUGGAAUUACUCUACCUCAAAGCCCAGAUUUGAUUGAACUUACAACAAAAGAAUCUCAUCAUCUCGAGGUGGAAAGAAAUUUGAAUUCAGAUCUGCCAUCAACAGAUUCAGAAAUUGAACAGACGGAUAAUGAACGUGAACUGCCAGUUCGUCGAAGAUCGGGAGCUGGAGUAACGUUGAUUAAAAAGAAUAAAAGAGACGGCUCUCCUGAAACAUGGAGUACCGCCAGUGAAAGUCCAACUCCUACAAAUACUGCUCACAAUUCUGUAGCCGAACGUCCCUGGGCCAUGAACUCACAAAGUUGGCAAGGAUUACUUUGUGAAGAGCAGCGACAACUUCUCGGCACAGAAGAAGAAUCAUCCGAUAAACACACCAGUGAUGAAGAUGAAGACGAUUUAGAUCUUGACGCGCUUUAUCAAAUCACACCUGAACAAAAAGAUUAUUACCUAAAACAGUUUCGAACAGUUCAACCCGACAUCAAAGGGCUUUUGUCUGGUGUGGUUGCAAGAGUAUUUUUCGAAAAAUCUCGUAUACCAGUUGAAGAGUUGCGUCACAUUUGGCAAUUAUGUGACGUGAGUCGUGAUGGUGCUUUAGAUUUGGGUGAAUUCACAGCAGCAAUGCAUUUGGUUGUUUUAAGAAGAAACAACAUCCCAAUACCAUCAACUUUACCGAUUUGUCUUCAACCAGAUUAUCUUUAUAAAUGUUUGGGUUUACCACACCAAGAGCCAUCGGCCGAAGCUGAUCUUUUGCAUCUUGAAAGUGAUGACAAUCAGGAUUCAAGUAAAAAUCAGUCAACAUCUAAUGCAAAUAAGAAUGACUAUCAGCGAAUGGUGUCAUCAACAUAUGAAGAGUUUCGAUCGAGUGAGAAAUCAAAUUCUAUCAUCAAUAAAUCUUCAACAUUGCCAAAAAAUCAUUAUUCGCAACAUCAACGUGGCGCAGGUGACGAUGAAAGUUUAUCAUGUGUCAAUAAUAAUGUUAACAACAACAACAGCUUAAAACUUAAUAAUGUGAUAGGAACGAAUCAUUCCAGUUCCAACUCUCCUCCAUCACAGACAGUUACUGCUGAUGGUCCUGGUGACUCUCAUACUGCUAACAAAGAGUGGACAAAGUUUACUGAAUCACCGACAUCAAACGUUUCAAGUCCUGGCCCAAAGCCAGUGAAUGUCACAACAAAUAUUAUUGAUCCCUCGCAUGUUAUUCAUCCAGUUCCAUUGCGUGUUACGCCAGUGGGCACUGAAAUUGUUGAUGAUGAUGCCCAGAAAACAUUCCGAAAAGCAGAUAGUUUAGUAUUUGAAAGUGGUGUCAUUAAAGCUGUAGCUUCUCUUGCUGCAAAUGAUCGUGAAAGCGUCUCACCGAAACAAAAUAAUUUCAAAAAACAAUCGUCAUAUGCCAAUCAACGUGAAUCACUUCCCAAUGACUUGAGAGCUAUUCAACGACCACAUCCAAAGAAACCAGCUUCGAAGAUGGUAGGAGCGAUUCCAUUACCACCAGAAAUAAAUCACAACAACAAUAAUAAUCAUACAAGCAACAUAAGCAGCAAUAAUAUUACAACAAAUACAGGAAAUAAUUCCAACAUUAUUGUUCUUACUGCUAAGAAAGAAAUUCCGCCAUUGCCACCACCAAGACCACAUCGACACACAAGAAGCAGCAGCUUAGAUCUUCAGCGAAUAAAGUUAGUAAACAAUGAAUCACAUGAGAAAAAAGAGAAAUCAGCUCAACCACCUGAAAUCCCACCACCUCGAAUAUCUGAUAAAAAUUUCAAAAUGUCAUCAGUUGACGCGUAUCUUGAGGCUUCCAGACGAACCGAUGAAUCUUUUGCUGAUUUUACUCAAUUUCCAGAAGAGAAACAACCUGGGGAGUUUGUGACGACAAUUCGUUUGGAAUCUAAUCCACCUCCGGUACUGCAGCCACGGUCAAAUCUUACCAGCACUUUAUUAAGUUCAACACAAAGUGGAACUCAUCGUUCGAGUGCUUUUGAAGUCUAUCGAAAGCCAUCGAAAUCGCGAAAUUCUCAAUCGCCAACAUCUAACGCAUUAUCAGCUAAUGAGCAGUCUAAAACCCAAGAAUAUGAAAAGGAGGUUCUAGAAAUCAGUGAUAAUUUACGACAAAUUCGAUUACGAAAUACUUCAGAUCAGGACGUUCUUAAGCAUCUUAAAAAUCAGAAUUUCGUUUUGAUGCAACUGUGCAAGAAUCUCAAUGAUGAGCUGAUGAAUGUUCAGAAAAAGAAAGAAGAAAUCUGCAAUCGAAUGGAGACGAACUAGAUAUGGAUGAAGUCGAUGGCCUGUCAAAAGAAUCGACGAUGAUGCGAAUAUGAAAAAGAUGAUUCCUUAUUAUCAGCGUUCUCAUUUAUUUACACUUAAUUGCGAAUCGUGUUGCGGUGGCAGCUGAAGAAUUAUUUCUGAUUUUAAGAUAUUUACAAGUAUACACUAAAGAACCAACCUCAACAAAAGACUAAUGUCUUAACUCGAAAUGUUAAUCUUAAUAAAAAUAUAAUUUCUUAUUUAAUAAAUUUAAAUACAUGAAUAGAAAUAUCGAAAGUUAUGCAACAUGAGAAGAUUUUCGCAGAGCAAAAACAUUAUUUCAAUGUGCUACUAUUUUUCUAUAAGAAUACAUAAAUAAUAUUUGAGCAUUACAGAUGAUUAAUCUUCUAAUAAUGAUGUAGAAAUAAAUUCUUUCAAUCAAAUUUUAUUUCUAUUUGUUAAUCACCAUUUUCCACUUAUGAAAUUGAAUAGUUAUUUAAAAUAUAUCUAUAUGCAAAAAAUAAAAUUCUUGUCAUCUAUAUAAUGAUGAAUGUAAUGACAAUUAUUCUUAUUAUUAUUAUUAUCAUUAUUA